GUCACACUGCAGGUCCAACCGUCAGAGACAGGAAGUUCCAGUUGCUACUAGCUACUAGCUGCUAACUUGCUAAAAAAAGUAAACAAGUCUGCUGAAAUGAGAUGAAAUUCAACCUCGGGACGAAGUAGCUUUAUAAACUAUGAAGGAAGACAAAGAAAACGCUCGGCCGAAGGACAGAAGACUGGAACUAAACCGUGAAGAUGGAGAAAGGACGGAGAGAUCCAAGGAGAAGAAAGAGGCCAUGACAAAGAUUGUGAUCAGACGAUUACCACCCAGUCUGACCAAGGAGGAGCUGGAGGAGCAGUUACAACCGCUCCCAGAGGUCGACUACCUGGAGUUUUUCUCCAACGACACCAGCCUUUUCCCUCACCUCUUUGCAAGGGCUUACAUAAAUUUCAAAAAUCAAGAGGAUAUAGUUCUCUUCAGAGACCGAUUUGAUGGCUAUGUGUUCAUUGACAGCAGAGGACAGGAAUAUACUGCAGUCGUGGAGUUUGCACCUUUUCAAAAGACUGCCAAGAAAAGAAGUAAGAAAAAGGAUGCAAAAUGCGGAACGAUUAUUGAAGAUCCUGAUUACAAGAAGUUUCUUGAAUUUUACAACGGUGAUGACGACAAGUUGGCAUCAACACCUGAGACCCUGUUGGAAGAGAUUGAGGCAAAGUCAAAGGAACUUGUAGCUAAAAAAACAACUCCUCUGUUGGACUUCUUGAAGAAUAAACAGAGAAUCAGGGAGGAAAAGAAAGAAGAGAGAAGGAGGAGGGAGCUUGAGCGCAAGCGUCUGCGUGAUGAGGAGCGUCGUAAGUGGAGGGAGGAGGAGAGGAGGAAGCGCAAAGAUGCAGAUAAGAUGAAGAGACACGAGAAGCCGCUGGAGAAAGACAAGGACCAAGUUAAAGAAGAACCAAAGAUUAAGCUCCUGAAGAAGCCAGACCGAGGUGAGGAUGGUGAUUUGGAGAAGCCCAAGGAAAAGGCCAAGAAACCAGAGAGGCCAAAUAAAGAUGACAGAUCCAUGGGGGGUGCCGAUCAUAAGCGGCGUCAGCACAUUGAAAACAAGGAGGAUCGAGGAAGGAAAACACUUAAACCGGCUGUGUGCUUUACACACAGAGCGGACGAAGACGGGAGGAAGGAUUUCAGGGAGCGCGACCCAGAUCGAGACAGAGAGCGCGAUCGAGAGCGGGAGAAGGAGCGGCGGCAGAGAGAGAAGGAGCGCAUCAGGCGUCAAGACGACGACCGGCGGAGAAGGAGAGAACGGCAGGAUGGGGACAACUCCUAUAGGAAGAGGGAGGAGGAGGUGAAAAAAGAUAAAGAGCGUGCCUUUGAGAAGAAACAGGGUGAAAACACUGGAGAGUCCACUCACUCUGAGAGGCCAGAGAGGCCAGAGAGGCCAGAGAGGCCAGAGAGGUCCGCCAAAGACCUCAAGAAGGAGGAAAGUGCUAAAAGAGACCGACUACGUAAUAAGGACCGGCCUACGAAGCAGCUGUACCAGCCAGGGGCCAGAAACCGCAAUCGAGGUGGAGGAGGAGCCGAAUCCAACUCUGCCGACAGAAAGCCAGACACCGAGACAGAGAAAGUGGCUGACAAAGGAGACGACUGAGCAGAUUUCUACUUAAUGGCAUUUUAAGUUUGGUGAGGAGAGGGGAGACAGGCCUGUGAGGCUCAGAGCAGCAAUGUGGCGCCUCAGGGCGACAUGCGCUGCAGUUAUACGCAGGGCUGCAUCCGGCUCUCCCAGUCUCGGAGGCACAGAUGUGAUUGCGGAGCCUCUUAGUGCCUGAAUGUGACCCCUCUUUAGUUUUAUUUGUUAGGAAAGGUAACAGUAACCUUUGGAAAGAGUUUGGCUGUAGGGCACAUUAGGUGAAGCCAAAGCUUUCUUGGACCACGUGAGCUCAAAGUGACCUUAUUUCAGUAUUGUUUCUCUGAUGUGAAGUGUUGUACAACACUGCUAACAUUGGCUUUCAACAUGUUAAUCCAUAUCACAGCCUAUAACUAAUUCAUUGCCAAGCUCAUCAAAACUGUUUGUACACAGUCUUGAAUGAGAUUUCUGUUCAGUUUACACAGUGUACACAUGAAAAUCCAAAUCAAGCAAUCCAAAUGUAUGUGCAGAUACAUACAUACAUCUUGCAGGCACAACAUAUGCUGAAGUUCAUAGUCUCUGUACUUACCUGGUUUGGUAUCAUGUGUUUUGUUCUUACAUUCAUACAGUGACCGAGGAGAAAUAGCCAUUUUCUGUCUAGACUGCCAUGUGACAGCCACGCCUGCAUGCAGACUUCAAUCAGAGAGAUCAACCUGUGGCCUUCCCCACUCUUUUUAUAAUCUGAAACUCCCCUUAAACAUUAACGUGUGUUGCACUAAACUGAAUACAGCAUGAGAACACAUCAGUGCUGGUGAUGUUAAGAAACGGUAGCCACUUUUGACUCGAAAUAAAAGAGGUCUUUGCUUAAGUG